GACCUGCCACCAGUGGAGAACGACAGAAGGCCCCGAAAGCUUCUUAAAUUUAUAGACGAUGAAAGCAGGCGUAUUGGGGCUCCGUUUCAUUUUAUAAAGCGCAUUAUCGUCUUCCUCACGAUGAUUAUAGAGAAUGUGGACGCCCUCAAGUCGUGGCUGGCGAAACUCCUAGAACCAAUAUGUGAUGCUGACCCCUCUGCGUUGGCCAAUUACGUUGUGGCUCUGGUGAAGAAGGACAAACCGGAGAAGGAGCUCAGAGCACUUUGUGCCGAUCAGCUCGACGUCUUCCUGCAAAAAGAGACUAUAGGCUUUGUGGAUAAACUUUUUGAAUGUCUGACAAGCAAGAACUACCAGGGGAACCCCAUUGCCAAGGAAGUUCCAAAAGAAGUUGUUAACCUUCCACCAGCCAAAUCAGAUGCAUUGGAUAUUGAGGCUCCAGAGGAGGAGAGAGAAAACAGGCGCAGGAGAAGUCCUCUGAGAAACCGCUCCGACUUCAACGAGUCCAGGAGUCGCGACGACAGGAGGCGGGACGAGCGCAAGAGGCGCGACUUCGAUCGUCACAGCAAGAGCAGCGGUGGCGGCGGCGGCGGCGACUUGCACCGCGAGCGGGAGCGUCACGAACGUCGCAAAGGGAGCUCCCGCGGGAGGAGCAACAGCCGCAGCCGGAGCCGGAGCAGGAGUGGCAGCCGGGGGAAGAGCAGAGGACGAGACUUCAAGUCAAAGUUCGAGGUGGAGAGGAAGGACGCGGACGGCUACAACUCGUCCAUGCCGGGCAGGCCCCAGCAUCCUCCGCAGCUCAUGUCGCCUCUACUGCCCACCCCCCUGCAUCCCUUCUCGUCCACCGCCGGCGGUCCGGGACCUGGCGGCAUCCCCUUGGCGACGCACACGCACAUGCCCGACGGCACCACGGACAGCUGGUCCAGCUACUAUGGCAAACCGAGGAAAGAUGGCGUCGGCAAGCCGUUCAGCAAUAAGAACCCUUCACGCAAGCAGCGAUGCAGGGAUUACGACGAAAAAGGAUUUUGCGUCCGCGGUGACCUGUGCCCGUUCGACCACGGCAACGAUCCUCUCAUCGUAGAUGACGUCAAUCUGCCAAACAUCAUCCCUUUCCCGCCACCGCCAGUGAUACCCCCCGGUGGGCUGCCCAUGCCACCGCCCAUUACCGAGCCAACCCCCUCACUCAGGAUACCGCCGCCACCGAUGCCGCCCUAUGGCCAGCCACCGCCACCUGGCGUCUUUUCGUUGACUGGACCUCCUCCACUGAUCGCAACCAGUGGAAUGGAAGCGCCCAACCACCAGUCGGCGAUCACGUCGUCGCCUCCAGUCGGACCGCCCGGCGUGAGGCUGCCGCCACCUCUUCCUUUGCCUCCUCUGCCUCCUCCCUCCUCUUCGUCGGUGUCGCUGCGUCCCCGUUAUGUCCAGUCUGAAUAUAACUACGAUCCAGAGGGCUAUAACCCAGAAUCGCCAGGACUGACUGGUGCAGGUCGCAACCAGUAUCGCCAAUUCAUUCCCAGAGUGCAGACGCAGCGCCCCAACCUCAUUGGCCUCACGUCCAAUGACGGACAAGGCUCCAGAGCUGCUAACAUAGUGAUCCAGACGGAGCCCGCAACUCCCGCCAGCACACUGGGAAGCAACAUGUCCUGUUUCAACUCCGAGCAGCACAACAGGAAGAGACCCAUGGGCUGUAUGAUAGCUGAGGGACCCACGGCUAAAAAACCCUGGAUGCAGAAGCCAAACUUCAACAACAAAGGCAGCUUCCCAAAGAGGAACUUCCACGUGAACACCAAGCUGGAGGUGCGCAAUAUCCCGCCUGAGCUCAACACCAUCACCAAGCUCAAUGAGCACUUCAGCAAGUUUGGGACCAUUGUGAACAUUCAGGUGGUGUUCGGCGGCGACCCAGAGGUGGCGUUGAUCCAGUUCACAUCCAACGAAGAAGCCCGUCGGGCCAUGUACUCCGUGGAGGCGGUGCUAAACAACCGCUUCAUCAACAUGCGCUGGCAUCGCAAGUUCAGCAUGCCGGGGAUUCACCAGCUGGAGCAGGGCACGGGGAGCCAGGUGGCCGGGUCCGCUCCCAACCUCGGGCCGCAGGGUAUGAAGCAGCACAAUCCUGCCACUUACGUGCUGAACAAGCAUCGGUCGCCAGCGCCGGUAGGCCCCACGAGCACGCCUGACAACCUGAACCCCAGUGCAGAAGCUGGCAAUGUGGCGCCGACGCUGACAAACACCCAGAAGGGCCCCUACGCUUCCAACCCGCUCAAGUCGUCCUCCAAGUGCCUUGGGAAAACGGCGAAAGCGCUGGAAGCACAGGAAGCCCUGAAGAAGAAACAGGAAGCGUUAAAACUACAGCAUGACUUGCGAAAGAAGAAGCAAGAAAUGUUAAAGACACAGAUUGAGUGUCAGAAGGCGCUGAUUAACCGUCUGGAGAAGAACAGGGGGAUGAAACCAGAGGAAAGAGCCAACAUCAUGAAGACACUGAAGGAACUGACUGAAAAGAUAGCCCAGCUCCAGAAUGAAAUGAAUCCGGCCUCCCAGGUCUCCAAGGCCAAUCACAACCAGCCCAAGACAAAGACCGACGCCCAGAAGGAGCUGCUGGAUGCUGAGUUGGAUUUCCACAAGAAGCUAAGCUCUGGAGAAGACACGACAGAUCUCAAGAGAAAACUGGGCCAGCUACAGAAGGAGGCAACACAACUUGGCAUCCUGCGAUCCCCGACGUGUCGAGGCCGCGGCCGGGGGAAGGUUCCGCCGGAAGCAGGCGCCAUUCGCGCGAGGGGCCGCAGCGGUUCUGUAAACCGCAUGGUGGUGGACCACCGGCCCAGAGCUCUGUCUAUCGUGGGGGUCACUCAGGAGGAGAAGGAGGAGCUCAUGUCACACUUUGUGAAAUUUGGUGAUCUAGAGGAUCUCAGUGACCAGGACGCCACCAGUGUCGUCAUGACCUUCAAGACUCGGAGCGAAGCCGAGAAUGCAGCCAACCAGGGAGCCAAGUUCAAAGGUCGCGUGUUGCAAAUUUCCUGGCACAAGCCUAAAACGCCCUCUGUCACCACAGAGCCUGAGGAGGAGGAGUCCAAAGACGACAACAACACGCAGAAGGAAGGUCGCUCCUAUGUGCCCGGCGAGGAGGAAGAAGAGGAAGAGGACGAUGACGAAGACGACAAGUAUGAAAGCCGAUCUUGGAGACGAUGAAGGCGUCCUUACGACAGCGAAAAAAAUCGCCGUUGCGGAUAACACGGAAGGACCCCCCUUUUUUCUUAGAAUUUUCAACAAAGUCAUUUUAAGACUAACAGAAGUUUGGUUUUCUCGGGUUUCCCCCCACUCAACAAAACGAUCUCACUUUUGCUGAGAAAGGCGAAGGUUCAGUUCUCCAAGAUAGUUUAAAUGUGCUUACUUUACUGUCGGUAAUGCACAACAUUUGCAUCUACUGUGAAAAGCUAUUUUUAUACAUAACUGUAUUUAAAAUUGUUUUUUUUGGGGGGGGGGGGCAAUGCAGUCUCAGUUAAAUGACCACAAUAAUUUAUUUCUUUGCCUCUUACCUGCUCUAGCUCGGCAACAAUUGGAUUCAGAAAUGAAAAUACAUUGAACCCACAAAUGCUUCCAUUCAUUCAUUUAGUAUGGCCCUUUGAGGACUUUCUAAAAACUAAUAGGAAAAUCACCUUGUGGUCAUUUACUGUAAAUAUAUCACAUUUCUUUUUAAUUUCCACUCUGCUUCUCAAGCAAACAAAAAGACGAGCCAGUCAUUCCUAAAUAUCGAUAGACAGAUGUUUGAAUGUAAAAAAAAAAAAAAAAAAAAAAAGCAGUUGAUUUUAACAUCUAGAGAAUUAUAAUGGAAUUUCUUUCUUUGCCUUACACCCGUCAGCCCCUCGGCGGAAUUUUUUACAAGAUGUGGUUCACUUUUUCUUUGUUUUUGUGUAAAUUUUGUACAUUUGCUUAAAAACAUUUGCAUUUCAGUUUUCUGUCAUUUUAAUCUGGGGGAGGGAAAACAUGAUCCUGUUUCAUUAAAUCGUUCCCCCUUAAAGAUUUAUUUCUAGUUUCCUGCUUUAUACUGUAUCAAAAUUCAACCGUAAUCCACAUAGUAAUGUUUACACGCACCCUGAUGUGGAGUUGCUUGAUUGCAUUCAUUUUUGGGGGAGUAAAAAACUAAAACCAAAAGAAUAUUUAUUGAACUUUUCCUGCAUGUAAAUACACUCACUGUGUCCUUUGGAGUCAUCUUCGCGCCUAGAUUACUUUUCUCACAAGUCCAUAAUAAGUUCUCUGUUGGUUUUAAAAAGGACAAAGUAACUGGUUUCUUGUAUAUUCAGAGAAGUUGCUCUCUAUCCCACUUUUUUUUUUUUUGUACUCGUGUGUGUUUGCUAAUACACCGUAGUGUUAAAAAAAAAAAAUUGUAAGUUUAUCGGAUAAUAGUUUUGGAUUUGUUACUGUUUAUAUUUACAGGAUGUGGAUGAUGACGAUGAUGUAUUUUUCAUGUCAUUUUGCUCGUAAAAAGAUGGAUUUCUAAUUUACAAGCAUGUUUGCUUUUGCCAAUAAAGACAAGGAAUGGGCUGCUUGG